GUAACAUUGAUACACACCCCCACCCCCUCUUGAGGUUCCAGCCAGCAACAUUUGCUGAAUUCCUCUACUUUCUAACAUACUUUAAUUUACCACCAAACUUAGCAAGUGAAAAAAAAAAUGAAGCUUAUUUUUGUUACACUGCUGCUCUGUUUUCUUCUUUUAAGCUCGUCUUUGUUGGAACCAGCCACUGCCUACGAAGAUGCAUCAUAUUGCGGGAAGAAGUGCUCAGAUAGGUGCUCUGUUGCUGGGGUUAAAGACAGGUGCUUAAAGUACUGUGGGAUUUGCUGCCAAGAGUGCAAAUGUGUUCCUUCUGGCACCUAUGGGAACAAGCACGAAUGCCCUUGCUACAGGGACAAGGUUAACAAGAAGGGAAAGCCCAAAUGCCCUUGAAGAAUUAUGAACUCAUCAAUUAUAUAUUUAGAAUAAGAAUACUAGUGUUUAUUUGUAUCUGUAUGUGUUUGUGUUUUGUGCUUGUAGGAGUAGUGUUAUCUGAGAUGGUUUGGUGUUUAUAUGUCACCUCCUGAUUCCAAGUGUUCUUGUUAGUAUGCCAAUGUUUGUUGGAUGUUAGAUUUUUAAUCAUUUUAUGAGGAAUAAAUUAUUAUUUGACAUAAUAA